GCAGAGAAUGUCUUGGAAUAGCUUCUCUUUCAAAGGGUUUUGGAUUUCUCAGGUAUUUAUUUUACGAGAAUUUACAGCACGAUAAGUGUCGAUUGCCCACCGCAAAAAUGGAUACGGAAUUCGAUCAGAAUCUGGAGCAGAUAACGCGCGAAUAUGUUGACUUUCUGGAUGAUGUGGAAGACCAAAGCAUAUAUGCCACUUUGAUUAAGAAUAUGAUGCAGGAAGAUAAAAAUAGAUUAGUCGUAAACAUUAAUGACUUAAGAAGAAAAAAUCCUGCCCGUACAGCAAGUUUGUUGAAUAACUCCUUCGACGAGCAAUUGGCAUUUCAGAACGCCCUGAAACAAUAUAUCUCAAGCAUAGACACUGAUUAUACCAAGAGCAACAAAGAGUUCUUUGUAGCUUUUGAGGGCAGCUUUGGAAACAAGCAUGUCACACCGAGAACGCUUACCUCUCGUUUCCUGGGUAACUUGGUGUGUAUGGAGGGUAUCGUCACAAAAUGUUCAUUAGUACGACCGAAAGUUGUAAGGAGCGUCCAUUACUGUGACGUGACCAAAACAGUCCUGGAAAGAGUCUAUUCAGAUCUAACUUCCUUGGAGGCAUUUCCUCACUCUGCUGUCUAUCCAACUACUGAUGAAGCUGGUAAUCCGCUUGAAACGGAAUUUGGCUUGUCGACUUACAAGGAUCAUCAGACGCUCACUAUACAGGAGAUGCCGGAAAAAGCUCCAGCCGGUCAAUUACCACGAAGCGUAGAUAUAAUUUGUGAUAAUGAUCUAGUAGACUUAUGCAAGCCUGGAGAUCGAGUGCAGAUUGUUGGAAACUAUCGGUGUCUGCCGGGAAAACAAGGCGGAUAUACAACCGGAACUUUCAAGACGGUUCUAAUUGCUAACAAUAUAAUGCAACUGAGUAAGGAAGCUAAUCUUGCGAUCAGCCAUGACGACGUAACUAUGUGCAAGAAAUUGGCUAAGAACAACCCCUGCAAGAAUAUCUUUGAGCUUCUCGCCAAGUCCCUUGCGCCAUCCAUACACGGCAAUGAAUAUAUAAAAAAAGCGAUUUUGUGCCUCCUUUUAGGUGGAGUGGAGAAGAUUUUACCAAACGGUACGAGGUUGCGAGGAGACAUAAAUGUGUUACUAAUUGGAGAUCCAUCAGUGGCCAAGUCGCAACUACUACGUUAUGUGUUAUGCACUGCUCCACGAGCAAUUCCAACCACUGGAAGAGGAUCUUCCGGCGUUGGUUUAACGGCGGCGGGUACAGUCGAUCAAGAGACUGGCGAACGCAGACUGGAGGCGGGCGCGAUGGUCUUGGCGGACCGCGGUGUCAUUUGCAUCGACGAAUUUGAUAAAAUGUCGGAUAUUGAUAGGACGGCGAUACACGAGGUGAUGGAACAGGGAAGAAUCACGAUAGCCAAAGCGGGAAUUCACGCCAGCCUGAAUGCGCGCUGUUCGGUACUGGCGGCCGCGAAUCCUGUGUAUGGGAGAUACGAUCAGUAUAAAACUCCCAUGGAGAAUAUCGGCCUGCAAGAUUCUCUAUUAUCGCGUUUCGAUUUACUCUUCGUUGUGCUGGACAUAAUUGAUUCGGAUCAGGAUCAUAUAAUUAGCGAUCACGUCGUCCGAAUGCAUCGAUAUAGAAGUCCUCUGGAACAGGACGGGGAGGCUCUGAGCUUGGGCUCAAAGUUGGAUAUGUUGACUACGAAAAAUCCGGAUGAUGUAGCUACCGAGGAAACCCAGUCCCAAGUUUAUCAGAAAUACGAUCCACUUUUACAUGGGAAAACGCGUUCUAAAAACGACCAGAUCCUCACUAUACAGUUCAUGAGAAAAUACAUACACAUUGCACGGUGCAUGAAACCCAAACUCACGGAAGAAGCUAGCGCCGUUAUUGCAGAGGAAUACUCGAGACUUCGAUCGGAGGAUAUGGUAGAAUCCGAUGUUGCGAGGACUCAACCGGUGACCGCGAGAACCCUAGAAACGCUGAUUCGGUUAUCUACGGCGCACGCAAAAGCACGACUCUCAAAGAACGUGGAAAGCGAGGAUGCACGCGCCGCGAUAGAGCUCGUACAGUUCGCUUAUUUCAAACGCGUGUUGGAGAAAGAAAAGAGAAAACGGAGACGUCAAGAUAGCGACGCGUCGGAGGCUGCAGACGAGAUAGAGGAGAGCAAGCAGGCGAAGCGCUCUAAGAGGGCGAAAAAGACAGAUUCGGAUGAAGUCGAUCCAUACGAAUACGAUAGUGACGACGACUAUAUCGAACAAGCAACAACAAGAAUAACCAGGUCACAAAAAGUCAGCACGCACACGGAUUCGCACAGCACGGAAACUGAACGUCCGGAAUCUUCCGUUUCCGAAACAACCACCGUUCCUCAAACAGCGACUGCAACAAUCACGCAGAAAAGACUUGCGAUCUUCAAAUCGUCACUUAACAAAUUGUUCCAAGAACGCAGGGUUCAGAAUAUUCCGAAGACAGAAGUCAUCGAUCAUCUAAACACAACACUUUCUCUGAACUUCACAUCCGAUGAAAUUAACGCCGCUAUUAACAUUAUGACGGAUGCAAAUCAGAUUAUGGCAGUGGAAGACCUUAUCUUCUUGAUAUAAAACGUUUUUAUAAUGUUUCGUUAUUAUGUUUUAAACAAUAACCGAAGCAAGUGAUAUUUUUAGACUAUUUAUCAGGUAAAAUAAAAUUCCUAAUCACUCGCUGUAAUUGAUUAGAUAUGAGAAACAAGAAAUCAUUCAUAGGUACAAUGAAUAAUUUUAGUUUUUUUUAAAUAAUUUAUGCAAACCUUCUGGACACAAAUAUUUUUUUAUACCGUUUAUAAUUAUUGCUAGGAAUCGAAUAAUAAUAUGUACACGUUUAUGAAUAAUGAUAUCUAAUAACAUUUAUUUGCCCUAUACUCGAUAAGACAAUACAUUGGCACAUAAACUAGCAACAAUCAUCAACAUUCAUUACAGUAAACGUAAUGCGGUUCAAAACGUUAAAUCCGUUUUCCGCUUCUGUAAAUAUAUUAUGUAUAUGCAUAACAUUCAUCGUGCGUGUGUGCGUAUGCGUAUUAUUGCGCUAACAUCGAUCGCGUUUCGCUAAAGGUUCGUUUCACAAAUUUACUUGCGACCUACUCGCACAUCGUCUCGUUACAAAAACUUACGACAGUCGUAUAUUUAAUAUAUAAAUGCUCCAUUUAUCUCUCGUAUGUUCAACAUACACAAUAUAGAGAGCCGACGCAAUCGCGUUUCAAAAUAAAUUAUGCCCUCCGCUAAAUAAUUCUCUUGAUUGCACAACCCUCCUGUUCAGUAAAGCGACACCCGUAACAGCGUUACUAUAUUAAUUAAUUAACAGAGAUAAUAACAUCAACGGUCACGCUAAAACUUUUAUAACUGUCAAUAUCAAAUCAAUCGCGUAGAUCUAUGAUACAGGCCUUCGGGACGUAUUCUUGUUGUAAGGAGGAAAGAAUCGACGAUCUGCAAUGUCCUAACAUUUUCUUUUUUUUUUUUUUUUCA